UAGUAAGUGACAUAAGUCGCUAUAGUGGCGGGAGAUGUCAUGUGCGCUGUCUAUAGGUAAACAAACAACUUGAUCGGAGUAUUGCGUGAACAACGAUAGUGAACAUUGUUGUUGAUUGUGGAUAAUAUAUCCACUAGUAGCUAGUUUAACUUGCCAACUAUACGGACCAAAGCGGGGAGAGAGUUUGUUAUUAUGAGCAGGCUUCGAUCAGCGAUGCAGAAGAGGAAGAGAGUUGCGCUGGACAAAACCGAGUCGUCGUCAGCAAAACCAUUGCGGAAAAGAGCGAAUGCAACUGUGAAACAAGAGCCCGAUGAGACUGCAGCGUCGACAUACCAUUCAUUCCAUGAUCCUGCUGACAUUACACUCUUUAGGACACGCAUCCUUUACUGGUAUGACCAGGGGAAUAGAGAGUUACCCUGGAGAACUGUGGCUCUGACAGAACCGGACAUCAACAUCAGGACAUAUGCAGUUUGGGUCUCAGAAAUCAUGCUUCAGCAGACCCAGGUUGCCACUGUGAUCGACUACUACAAUAAGUGGAUGAAGCGGUGGCCAACAGUACAGGGUCUUGCAGCGGCUACGUUGGAGGAAGUCAAUCAGAUGUGGGCUGGGCUUGGGUACUACUCCCGGGGAAAGAGACUUCAGGAAGGAGCUCAGAAGGUGGUAGCAGAGCUGGGGGGAGAGAUGCCCAGGACGGUUGAGGCUCUGCUGAAGCAGCUGCCUGGUGUGGGCCGCUACACCGCCGCAGCUGUGGGCUCCAUCGCGCUGGGCCAGGUGACGGGAGCUGUUGAUGGGAAUGUGAUCCGGGUCCUGUGUCGGGUGCGGGCUAUAGGGGCCGACAGUACAAGCCCAGCAGUGACUGAAGCUCUAUGGAGCACCGCCAACACGUUGGUGUCCCAAGAGAGACCAGGGGACUUUAACCAGGCCAUGAUGGAGCUGGGGGCAAGGGUGUGCACCCCUAAAGGCCCCCAGUGCAACCAGUGUCCCAUACAGACUCUCUGCCACUCCUACAGGAAGGUUAGCGUCAAACGAGAGGAGAACUCAACAAAGCUUCUGGGUAAAUUGAUCAGGGUACCUGCGUCUCUGCCAGAUGUAGAGGAUUGUGUGACCUCUGGAACAUGUAACCUGUGCCCCACGGAACCUUGGGACAGCCAACUGGGCGUUCAGAACUUCCCCAGGAAGCCGGUGAAGAAAUCUCCUCGUGUGGAGCGCACACUCACCUGUGUGGUGUCCCGGCCAGGAGCAGGAGGAGAUGUCGAGUACCUGCUCACCCAAAGGCCGAGCAAAGGACUUUUAGCUGGAAUGUGGGAGUUCCCAAGCCUGCUCCUGGAGGUGGAGAAUUCUGAGAUGAAACAGAGGGGGGCGCUGUGUGCUGGGGUGGGGAGAUUGUUGGGAGUUCGGCUGGACAACGGGCUGCUCCAGUAUGUGGGGGAGGUGGUUCAUAUCUUCUCCCACAUCCACCAGACAUAUGUUGUGUACAGCCUGUGUUUGAAUGUCACUGGAGAGGGAGGGAAAGCCCAGAGUACGACACGCUGGCUCACUAGACCUUCCCUGCAGGAAGCUGCUGUAUCCAGUGGAGUGAAGAAGAUCAUGAAGCUGUACGACACUAUGGAGGAUCAAGAGGGACAAGCUACCAAGAAGAAGGCUACUAACACUAAGAGUGAUGGACAGCACAAGUCUAAAAAGCUCAAAGACAAUUCAACAAACAGCGGGACCAGACAGCUGUCACUCAGUUCCUUCUUCAAGAGCCCAAAACAAGAAACUUGAUCUAUUUAUACUUACUCACAAUGAAUAACAAUGUUGUUUUUUAUUUUAUUUAAAGCUGAUCAAGUACCAUACAAGGACUAUUACUGUGCCUUGCUGUCUGUGUUUAUCCCAUGAGUGGAAUACUUUAAGAGCAAAAAGGGUGUCAUUGAGUUGAAUGCUGAAUACAAUUUUAAACAAAUUUUAAAAAAUAUCAAAUUGCAACAGUGGCCUCCUAUACAGUUGAGGUCGGAAGUUUAAAUACAACUCAGCCAAGUAUAUUUAAACUCAGUUUAACAAUUCCUGACAUUUAAUCCUAGAAAAUAAUUCCCUGUUUUAGGUCAGUUAGGAUCACCACUUUAUUCUCUCUACUCACAUUCUUAAAAUAAUGUCAGAAUAAUAGUAGAGAGAGGGAUUUAUUUCAGCUUUUAUUUCUUUCAUCACAUUCCCAGUGGGUCAGAAGUUUACAUACCCUCAUCUAUUUUGUGAAGUGCACCAGUCCCUCAUGCAGCAAAGCACCCCCACAACAUGAUGCUGCCACCCCCGUGCUUCCCGGUUGGGAUGGUGUUCUUUGGCUUGCAAGUAUCCCCCUUUUUCCUCCAAACAUAAGACAGAACUCGUCUCCUUCCUGAGCGGUAUGAUGGCUGCGUGUUCCCAUGGUGUUUAUACUUGCGUACUAUUGUUUGUACAGAUGAACGCAGUACCUUCAGGUGUUUGGAAAUUGCUCCCAAGGAUGAUCCAGACUUUUGGAGGUCUACAAUUUUUCUUCUGAGGUCUUGGCUGAUAUCUUUUGAUUUCCACAUGAUGUCAAGCAAAGAGGCACUGAGUUUGAAGGUAGGCCUUGAAAUACAUCCACAGGUACACCUCCAAUUUACUCAAAUGAUGUCAAUUAGCCUAUCAGAAGCUUCUAAUGCCAUGACAUCGUUUUCUGGAAUUUUCCAAGACGUUUAAAGGCACAGUCAACUUAGUGCAUGUAAACUUCUGACCCAAUGGAAUUGUGAUACAGUGAAAUAAUCCUGUAUCCUAACAGACUUGCCAAAACUAGUUUGUUAACAAGAAAUGUGUGGAGUGGUUGAAAAAUAAGUUUUAAUGACUCCACCCUAAGUGUAUGUAAACUUCUGACUUCAACUGUAUGUUGCAUAAAAUAUGCUUUGUUCAUUUAACCGCUAUUGUAUGAUAUAUUGAGGUGAUAAUGCACGAGAAGCUGAUGUUUGGAGGUGGGGUCAAUAUCACAAAACCAUACCAUUUGGACCAUGUAACAUUUAGCAUUUUUAUUACUUUUAUGGAAAUAUUAGACUUGUAUUGAAACAUGUUGGCUAAGCUCCAGCACUUAGAUAAUUAUAAGCACAUUUUCAGUGAAUCACCCAUAUGAUAAGUCCACCCUGUUAUGGACAUGCACGUAACUGUCUUUAAUUACUUUCGUAGGACUAUUUUAAUGAUGUUUACAUUUUCAUAAAGCUAUUGUGUACCCUUGUCAA